GUCUCGAGCUGCUGCAUGUGUAUCAAAGGGUUGCAAACUGACCUAUGUGUCUCCUGAAAAAGCACUCUCUUGUCUGCAAUGCUGGUCCAAAUAACGUGGGAUUCACUUUUUACUGACGGAGUUUUGUUGGAGAGUAGAAAAUAUCGUGUGUCGUUCAUUUCUUCUUGAUAAAAUGUGAUGGGCGGCGACGGGAGUAAGAAUAAGGACUCAGCAUGGCAGGUGAAGAGGAGAUCCCUGUCAUGUGAUCAGGGCUUCCUGUCUGUCCCGGCUCAGCUUGUUCAUCACAGUGUGUUUAGACGCAGCGCCCAGCACAGAGAAGACCCCGUCUCUAAGCAGUCUCGGCCCUCAGACUCAAACACUGAGGGACCUCGUCUAGAGUUUAUUUCCAGUUUCCUCCCCGAAUUUCCUCAAAGUUUUACUGGGCAUAAGCAUUUACAGAUUCUUGGUUUUGUAGCUAAAGGCUCGUUUGGUCCAAUCUUGAAGGUGAAGGACGUGUCUACAGAUGAGACCUAUGCUAUUAAGGUUUUAUCCAAAGCUGAGGUUUUGAGAAACGGAGUCCUCCAGCAGUCCAAAGAGGAGGUGAUCAUUCAACGCCAGGUCAGACAUCCUUUCCUCCUCAGUCUCCGGGACUGUUGGCAGAGCCAGAGCAAUCUCUUCAUCAUGUGUGAUUACUGCAGCACUGGCGAUCUCUAUACUUACUGGAGCCUGAAGGGCCGCUUUGAUGAGAGAGAUGUUCGAGUGUUUGCUGCCGAGUUGGGCUCUGCUUUGGGCUUUUUGCACGACUUUGGAAUAAUGCAUAGGGAUGUGAAGAUGGAAAACAUACUUCUGACUGAUAAAGGUCACCUCCGCUUGACUGAUUUCGGGCUGUCUCGUCGUCUUGAGCAUGGGGACAGAGCUUUUACUAUCUGCGGCACAAUACAGUACAUGGCUCCUGAGGUCCUGAGCGGCGGGCCGUACAGCCACGCUGCAGACUGGUGGUCUCUUGGUAUUCUUCUCUAUGCUCUAGCCACUGGAGGGUUUCCUCUGCCUGCGGAAGCAGAUCACGGUGAUAUGCUGACCAGUGUCAGUGAGUGUCCAUAUGACAUGCCUGCAAGCCUCAGUCCAGCUCUGGCCUUCCUGCUCAUAGAGCUUCUGUGCAAGAUCCCCACACGUCGUUUACGCUGCCUGGAGCUCUUCCAAAGCCAGAAGUUUUUCCACGGCAUGUCUUUUGACUCCCAGCUGCUGCAGAAAAGUCCCAUUGAGCCAAUCCUCGAGCUGAAGAAUCAUCCUGACCGACCGGAAAGGUCGAUGCGAGGUUUAUCAUUAGAUCUGCUUCAGAAUUUUGAGUGUGACCUACAGAACUCUCCAUCAAACCCUGCAGAUUUGUCUCCUACCUAGAUGAAGAUUAAAGGGAUAGUUCACCCAAACAUUUUAAUUUGAUGUAAGACCUGUCGCGAUAGUCGAUAAAUCAAUUAAUCACACAAUAAAAAAAAAAUGAGCUCGACAAUUUUUUCGGCCGCGAUAAUUUAGUUUUUCUAUUUGUAUUUUUAAAAUGUAACAUGUGGGGUUAGUCUGGAGCGCAGCCUGUGGACAGCCUGCGGCAGAAAACACUCUCCGAUGGCACAGAUGUCCCGGGAAUAAAAAGAUAAUGUCUCGCUGGAGUGGCCAGCGCCUUUCAUUUGUUUGUGGAUGUUUGCGUCGCAAGUGAUACUUGCAAUACUGCUUUAUUUUAAUACCACGUAACUUCGUUGCCCUUUCUGUCGAAAUGGGCCUACUUUUCGCUCGCUUCAUUUGGCUUGCUCAGCUAAAUAUGUCUGUAGGUGCGUGGUUGCGUGUGUCAUGCACCCAGUGAGUUAACACACACACGCGCGUGUGGCUUUCUCCUUCUUUCCAAAGCAUUUGGGCAGUUGCGCUCCUGAGGCGUCUGUUGUUGCCAAGCAUCCAUUAGCUGCGAUAUCUGUUACGGAAAUUUCAGUAAUGGAUUUACACCACUGAAAAACCCUUGCUGUCACUCUGCUACGAGAUUUAUUUCCGAAGAAAAGUAAAAAACGCAGUGUUUGGGUGCACACCAUUCUUCAAAUACAACGGGGAAUUUCACCCCGAAGGAAGCUGAUUGAGUUGGUUCUUGUCACAUGACCUGGUGCGCUUGCAUCAUUCUGAAAAGCUGAGAUGUUUUUAACUAGAUGUGGUGCGGACGCGCCUGGAAAAAACGAGUGCAUCUCUUCUAUUAUGAGCGUGCAUACCGCAUUUGAAAUAACGAAAUUGAGCACAAAAAAGACGUGAUAUGUAAACUUCAUCGGUCAAAAUGUUUACUUUCGGUUAACGGUUAAACGGUCAAUAUGAGCAUCCCUAACUGGUAUAUAAACAUAAUAUAACAUACAAAGUGAAUACAUUUUUAAGCCACACAAAGUCAACAUGUUGGUAUUUCUUGCUCUGAAUCUGCCAUAAAAUAAAAUAAACGUAUAUUGAUCUUUGAAAA